GAUGGACCUUAAUCUCUCUAGCCUGAGAGCGUUGACUCCGAGACUCAAAUCAUUUCACCAAGUCUACUCUUAGCCGCUUAGCAGUUUUCUGCAAAGGAUUUUGGUUUGGAAUCCUCGGUGAGCAAUCUGCUGCGCAACAUUGGUUCAGCACAAUAGUCCGGCAAUUUGCUUCAAGUCCAGUUUGCAGGAUGUCAGUUCCGCCGCCAGUUGGGCAAGCCGUUGCAGCUGCACACGAUGAUGCUAAAGGCUUCAUUCUGUACGCAAAGCACGCAAGAAGGCAUGUCAUAGAUUUACCCCACAAUUUUGAAAUUCUAAAUAAUCGAGUGGUUAGUCUCUGUUCAAGUUGGAAGGUGCUCAAUGACGAUAUAAAUCGUCAAUCGGUGACCAGACAGAAAAACGAUAAUUACGAAGCUUGUCUUAAAGAGAAAGAUCGGAUAUUGAAACAUUACCAAGAGAGAAUCGUCAACCGAUACAAAAAGCUAGUUGGACUUGAGUCAGGUGCAAACGGAGAAGCUGGAAACCAAAUCCCGGUUGGUGAAUUGUCAGCCGCUUCCAAACGUUGGAACAACAAAUUCUAUAUCCGAACAUUCUACAGACUUGCAAGGCUGGACAAAAACGUUCGCAAGUUUAUGACUGAAGUCACUGAACUCGAAAUUAAGAUUACACUUGAGCAUGUUACUAGUCGGGUAAAUCCAGAAAUUGUUCUAAGACAGAGUGCUAAAGAACUAACUCAUGCGCCUUCACAUCAAGCGGUCCUUGAUAGCCUGGUGGUUUGUUUAUGUGACGCAGACUGCAAAAGGAUUAUCAUCCACGGAGAACCACAAGUUGGAAAAACAAAUAUUUUGAGAAACUUAAAUAACCGGUUGGUUCAAUGCCCUCCCGGCCUGGAAUUGGACUGCGUCAUUUGGGUGACCUUUCCGACUCGUCUGUCCGAGCCAGAGGACAUCACCACUGACAUACAAGACAAAAUUCUUCAGCGUCUGGACUUAGCUGGGCAGAAUAGUGGAAGUGGGAAAAAAGAAGCAAUAUCUAGAGCACUAUGUGAGAAAUCUUAUUUGCUGCUUUUUGACGGGUUCUCUCCAUCAAUUGAGCUUGAGGACAUUGGAAUCUCUGAAGAACACGAGCACGGGAAAGUCAUCAUUGAAGCUAAAGACCCAUAUCUCCUGAAGAAUUUUAAAUGCCACAAAAAAAUCGAAUUAGAGAAGCUAUCACCCCAAGAUUCAAGGAUAUUGUUUGAUAAGAUCAUUGCUGAUGAAAAACUUUGUGAAGAAAACAGAGAUCUAGGUGACAUGAUCGUUGAGGAGCUUGGUGGGCUUCCAGGAGUCAUCAUAUCCAUAGCACGAUCGCUGAAAUGCGAACAAGAAGAUUGCUGGGAAGGUUUGAAUCAAAGAUUGAAAGCAGAUGUUAAUGUCAUUGACCUUCCGGAAUUAGGAGGAGUAAAACUGGCUUUUCAUAUAGCCUAUGAUAACUUGAAAGAGAAUGAUCGAAAGUGCGUACUUUAUGCAGCAUUGUUUCCGAAAGUGUUCCCAAUUCCCAUAGAUAUUUUGGUCGAAUGUUGGAAAGCUGAAGGAUUUCUAUGGUGUCCUGGUUCUUCAUUUGCUGCUGCACGCAGCGAAGGACGCACUGUACUCAACGAGCUGACAAUGCAUCAUCUCUUGCAGAAAUGCUCUAAACGGCAUGCCAAGAUGCCAAUAAACUGCAGGAGAGUUGCACUUGAAACACCUUUUCCUGGGGAGGAACGUGAAACAUCAUUUGUCAAGUCAGGAGUCCCGGGACACCUAGAAGAGGCCGAAUGGAAGAAGGCUAGAAGGGUUUCUUUGAUGCAAAGUAAAUCAGUAAAGUUACCUGUCAACCCAGAAUCUAAGCGCAUGUCAACGCUAUUUCUGCUACUCAAUCCAGAAUUGGAAAUCAUUCAGGAUUCAUUCUUCAGAAAUAUGAAGACACUUCGAGUUUUGGCACUGAAUAGCUUGGGAAUGAAAUUGCUGCCCACCUGUCUCUCUUCCCUGACAGCGCUUCAGAGUUUAUACCUCAACAAUUGUGGUAAAUUACAACAGCUCCCACCUGGAAUACGGAAACUCAAAAAGCUCGAAGUUCUUGAUAUUCGAGGCACUUUAAUCCGCUGUUUACCAGAAGAAAUUAGGAGUUUGGUUAAUCUGAUCUGCUUGAGGUUUUCAUUGGGCCCUGGAGCGUGCAAUCCCAGUCCGGACCGAGAUUCUCUUGAAAGGCAAACAUCGGAGACAUUUUCCACAGCUAAACACCUUAACAAGCUCGAGGAGUUGACUAUUGUCUUAGAAAUCAACAACGGAAGCAUUGACCACUUUGUUAAUCGAAUAAAAGCAGGGUUCUCUAAAUUUGAAAAUGUAACUCAAUUUGAGAAUGUAAAUAAUCGGAUUGAGUUACUUCUUCAGAGGCAAUAUCAACCACCGCGGGGAGGGGAUGUAAACUUUUCGAAUUCAACUGUUCCUGUAACUCAUGGUCACGAUGCAACGGCAGGAAUCGAGUGGCCGCGAUCAGACAACGAGGCACUUCCAUAUUUUCAGGGCCGGGUUAGAGGUGGGGUUUGUGGUGCAAAUUGUCUGGCAAGCGUGAAGGAUAAAGGGAAGGGAACUGAAACUCUAAAGGAUAAAAGUGCUAUUCUGCAGACUGGGGAGCCUUUAGAAGCAAUUGCAAAUAAUUUUGAAGAAAACGUUGACUUGGAGGUGCUGUUGACGGACCAAUUUUCUAACCCGGAGCAAGUACUUCAAGAACCGCCGGUGAAGCAGAGUAUGCCACUGAAUAACUGGUCUCCUCCAGUCGACGAGAGAGUGCAAGCUCCAUUUCACAACUAUGGCUCUGCCUCUGUGAGGUUAAAAUGAUUUUGUUAUUGUCUGUGUGGAAAACUAGUAUAAGGGAUGGGCUUGGAUAGGUUUUUUUCCCGAAAGGAAUGGGCUUGGAUAGUUGGAUCCCUAAUUAAUGUGCGUGACUAUUUCUCAUGAGAAUAAUUCGUAUGGACCCCGUACAAAAUAUACUGCUAUUUCUAGUUGACUGGUGUGUAGUAUUUUGUGAAACUGUAUAACGGGCUUGUGUAAUAAAUGUUAGCAUAUAUUACUCGUAUUUGCUUUAUCAUCU